CGGAGGGAUGGGCACCUCCAGGCAUGAAGCCGCCCAGUGGUGAACGCGCACAAGGUGGUGCUGUGCAAGGCUCAGGUGCACAAGGUGAAGGUGCACAAGGUAAUGCCUAUCCUGGGAUGUUUCUUAUGGUUGAGGAUGUGCAUGGGCAUGAGGGUGAUGUGGGAUCUGUGGGAAAGGUUGUGAUGCACCCUCUCACGCACUGGGUGAUUGAUUCAGGUUGCACCAGUCACAUGACCCCACGGGCAGAUUUGCUUGAUGAGGUAAAACCCCCUGGGAAGAUCAAGUAUGUGGCAGCAGCGUCAGGUGCUUUGCUCCCUGUCAUUGGUGUUGGAAAUGCCAAGGUUAAGGGAGCUAAUGGGGAGCUUGUGGGGCUUGGGAAUGUUCUGCUGGUUGAAGGCUUGUCUGCUAACCUUCUCUCUGUGCGACGACUGCAGAAGAGCAAGGCCGAAGUGACCUUUGGACCAACCAGCUGCCAUGCUAAGCUUGGGAAGAAGGUGCUGUGGAGUCUGGAAGAGGAGACCAGCUGCAUCAAGGACCUGUGGCAGCUGCCCAUCAUCCCAUGGAAUGGGAAGACUCCAACAGCAGCAACGGCAGCAACGGCAAAGGCAACAGCAGGAGGAGAUGCAACUGCACCAACUGAUGGGGUCCUGGAAGCAGUCAAGAAAGUGCAGCAGCAGCAGACACAUGGCGAGGUGCUUGCUGGUGUGGAUGCGAGUGCGGCAUGGGCUAAGGCUUCAUCAAGGAGUGGAGAGGCCGAUUGGGAGACAUGGCAUGAGAGGCUGUGUCAUGUGAACUUCCCUAUGCUGCAGAAGUUGGUGAAGGAUGGGAGCCUGAAGGGCUUGGAGGUGAAAGGGGGAGUGAAGGAGAUUGGGAGCUGCCCUACAUGCUUGGAGACCAAGUUCUCCAAGUUCCCCUUCAACAGCACUACAGGACCAGCCAAGACCCCACUUGCACUUGUGCACAUGGAUGUGGUGGGGCCCACAAGAGCCCCUUCCCUCUCAGGCAGCCGCUAUUUCUUGACAAUUGUGGAUGACCACACUCGGGCAGUGUGGGUUUACCCUUUGAAGAGCAAGGGGGAGGUGGCAGCGGCUGUCCUUAAGGAGUGGAUGCCUAGAGCUCAGAGGGAAUGCGGAUACAAGGUGAAGGUGAUCCGUAGUGACAAUGGUGGGGAGUUCAUUGGAGCUGAUUUUGAGGGGGAGUUGAAGAGGAAGGGGAUCCAGCAUCAACUGACAGUGCCCUACAACCCGCAGCAGAAUGGCGUGGCUGAGAGGUUCAACAGGACCCUGCAGGAGGGGGCACGCACUCUCCUUGGGCGUGCAGGGCUGCCUGAUCCAUUUUGGGUGUCUGCACUGAGGCAGGUCGCCCUUGUGAAGAACAGGGUGCUGGCUACAGUUGGAGAUAAGGAGUGGAUCCCAUAUGUCAAGUGGUAUGGGAGUGCUCCAGCUGUGAACAUGCUGAGGGCAUUUGGGUGCAUGGUGGUGUUUGAUGUGCCUAAGGAGAAAAGGGGGAAGUUGGAGGCUUCUGGAAGAUGGGGUGUGCACUUGGGGAUUGCAAAGGAUCACAAGGGUUGGCUGCUAUGGGACUUGACCACCCAGAAGCUGACAGUGUCAAGGGAUGUGAAGUUUCUGGAGUCCCUGUACUACAAGGAAUGGAAGCAGCAGCAACAGAAGCUUCCAUCUACACCGCUCAUUGUGGAGGCAGACGAGGUGCAGCAGCCUUCAAGACAGGUGGAGGUUGCAGUGUCAGAGGAGGAGAUGUCUGGGGUGACUGAGGAAGGGGGAGCAGCUGAAGUAGAGCAGCAGCAGCAGCAGCAGCAUGAGUCUCCAUCUCGAGUUCCACACCCGCCUGAGCGACCUAGGAGGGAUGUGCGCCCUCCGAUGUGGUAUGGUCGAUGAUGGUUGGCAGCCAGAGGGGGAGAUUGUUGUGUGAUGUCAUCAUAUGUUAUCACAUUCUGUCUGCCUCCCA